AUGAGCGCCCCGGUGACGCCGCCCACGCGGGCCGAGGACGAGCUUCAGGCCACCUGGCCCCCAGCGGCCAACGCCAGCCGCGCUCCUGCAGAGGAGGCGGCGGGCACUGGGGCCGCGGGGGCGGCGGGCAUGGUCACCAUCCAGUGUGUCUACGCGCUGGUGUGCCUGGUGGGACUAGUGGGCAACGCUCUGGUCAUCUUCGUGAUCCUUCGCUACGCCAAGAUGAAGACCGCCACCAACAUCUACCUGCUCAACCUGGCCAUCGCGGACGAGCUCUUCAUGCUGAGCGUGCCGUUCGUGGCCUCGUCUGCCGCCCUGCGCCACUGGCCCUUCGGGUCGGUGCUGUGCCGUGCCGUUCUCAGCGUCGACGGCCUCAACAUGUUCACCAGCGUCUUCUGUCUGACCGUGCUCAGCGUGGACCGCUACGUGGCCGUGGUGCACCCUCUGCGCGCCACCACGUACAGGCGGCCCAGCGUGGCCAAGCUUAUCAACCUGGGCGUGUGGCUGGCGUCCCUGCUGGUCACCCUGCCCAUCGCCAUCUUCGCAGACACCAGGCCAGCCCGGGGGGGCCAGGCUGUAGCCUGCAACCUGCACUGGCCGCACCCGGCCUGGUCCGCGGUCUUCGUGGUCUACACGUUCCUGCUGGGCUUCCUGCUGCCCGUCCUGGCCAUCGGCUUGUGCUACUUGCUCAUCGUGGGCAAGAUGCGGGCUGUGGCGCUGCGGGCCGGCUGGCAGCAGCGGCGGCGCUCAGAGAAGAAGAUCACCAGGCUGGUGCUGAUGGUCGUGGCCGUCUUCGUGCUCUGCUGGAUGCCUUUCUAUGUGGUACAGCUGCUGAACCUCUUUGUGACCAGCCUCGAUACCACCAUCAACCACGUGUCCCUCAUCCUCAGCUACGCCAACAGCUGUGCCAACCCCAUUCUCUAUGGCUUCCUCUCCGACAACUUCCGCCGGUCAUUCCAGCGGGUCCUGGGUCUGCGCUGCUGCCUCCUGGACGCUGCCGGUCGUGCUGAGGAGAAGCCCUUGGACUACCACGCCACCGCUGUUAAGAGCAGAGGUGGGGCAGGGUGCAUGUGCCCCCCACUCCCCUGCCCACAGGAGCCCGUGCUCCUGGAACCUAGCAGCAAGCGCCUCCCCACCACCAGGACCACCUCCUUCUGA